AUGUUGGUGCCUGAGCGAUAUACAGGAAUCACAGGAUACAAUUGCAAAAAGCAGGCAAAAGCUAGAAGCCAAAAAACAACAUACAACAGUGAGGAUUCGCUGGUGGUCACCCACCCAACUACUAACUCACCGGCGUGUGGCUUAAGUACGGCUGAGCGGACGGGAAGCCCUGUUCUCCACACCCUAUGGUCGUAUGUACUAAAUAUAGUGGUGGGCAGAAUCAUAUCUAACAAGGAAUUGGAUCAGCUGAAGUGUACGCACUAUCCGCUUCGAAGUACAGGUAGUAUCGGUGGGAUUGGAAACCAGUUAAUGUCACGUGAAGGAGCAGCGUAUGGAUCAUGUGACUAUCAACAUGUCUAA